AUGAUAAGACCUGUUCAAAUCUCCGAUGCUAGCUUAAGACCUUUGGGUGUGGCUCAGCAUGGCUUCUUCAUCUGUUGGCUUAACACUGUUGCACAUGGACUUAUACUUAUUGCUCUAUAUGGCAAUACAGUACAAGUCAAUGCUUUUAACUGCAGCAUUAACAUUUGCAUAGUGGCAGAUAGCAGAACAAGGCUUCUUACUGGCUCACCUGAAGGAUAUCCUGGUCAUGUGGACGGUAGAUUACGAGACGCGAGGUUGAACAAUCCAAAAGGGCUUACUGUGGAUGAUAAAGAGAGUAUCUAUGUUGCAGAUACUGUGAAUAAUGCUAUCAGGAAGAUCAGUGAAGCAUGUAUUUGUUCCCUGAUGUUUUGUGGUUACCCUUGGGAUAAGAGUCACAAUCAUUGCUGGGGGGGAAAAUGGUUCGUGGGUGAGGAGGUCAUGUGGAUGGUCCGAGUGAAGAUGCAAAGUUUUCAAAUGAUUUCGAUGUUGUUUAUGUUGGAAGCAGCUGUUCUUUGCUGGUUGUUGGCCGUGGAAACCAAGCUAUUAGAAAGAUCCAACUCCAUUUCGAUGACUGUGCUUAUCAGUAUGAAAGUGGCUUUCCUAUUGGAACAAGAUAUAUACAAAGCCUUUCCUGAUCAAAAGCCUUUGAAAUCAGCCAGACCACCUGUGAUUCAAACCAGAGAUGAGCAAGAGCAGCAAGAAGAAAGCUUCCUGAUGAUCGUUCACAUUGCCAAACUCAACCUAAUGCUGUUCCAACAGAGUGACUCCGACCAGAUGCUUCUCCUUGGGAUGUUUCCUGGUCUCAAAAAGAAGCAGACAGUGAGCUUCAGCUUCAAUUACCAAGAAACAAAUCAUUCUUCUGCGUAUAGCACAUCUCCAUGGCCAGUUCAAGAGAGCUUUGUUUAG